AUGCGUGCUCGCAUGGUUCAUAUUGGUCAUCAACAACUUUCACAAGCGUAUUCUCCUCACGGCGAGCAUAUCAAUGCUGUCGAUCGUGCGCGAUUAAACGAAUUGUUGUUGGACGCUGCCGAGCAGUUGCCUAAUGUCACCCUAUUUUUUGAAUAUCAAUUCGUGCAUGCUAAUAUCAUAGAUGGACACAUGAUAUUCGUGAACAAUAGUCAGGAACACAUUUACGAAGCGGACCUUAUUGUGGGCGCCGACGGAGCUUACUCCAAAGUGCGAUCUCAGAUGAUGCGAGCAACAAGAAUGAACUAUGAACAAGUGUACAUUGAUACAGCUUACUGUGAACUAUCCAUGCCACCAAUACAAGGAAAAGACGGUGAACCUUCCUUUGCUCUGGACCCCAAUCAUUUGCAUAUUUGGCCGCGCCAUACAUUCAUGCUGAUCGCUUUACCUAAUCCGGAUCGUUCUUUUACAUGCACAUUAUUUAUGCCGUUUGAUAUGUUUGAUGCUAUUGAUACCGAGGAAAAGCUACUGGCAUUUUUCAACGAGCAUUUCAAGGACGCGGUGCCUCUGAUUGGACGAGAUCGACUGAUUCAGGAUUAUUUUGCUCAUCCUCGUGGUUCAUUGAUUACGGUGAAAGCGUCACCACAUCAUGUCGACGGUAAAGCGGUGAUGAUUGGUGAUGCCGCCCAUGCCAUGGUUCCUUUUUACGGACAAGGCAUGAAUUGCGGUUUUCAGGACGUGGAAGUCCUUCACAGUAUUCUGGAUCGAUACGGCGUGACACCGCUAUUGCGCAAUGAUGAACAAGGAAACACGCAUGUGCCUGGACUGAAAGAGGCACUGGAGGCUUAUUCCGAGGAACAUGUGAAAGAUACGCAUACGAUUUGCGAGUUGGCUCUGUAUAACUAUUACGAAAUGCGCUCGGCAGUGACUUCGCUACGCUACAUGGCGCGGAAAAAAGUGGAAUCGCUUAUUCACAUCGCGUUUCCUCACUUGAUUAUUCCACUUUAUACCAUGGUCAGUUUCUCGACAUAUCCCUAUUCGCAAGCUCUGCAACGUUGGAAACGACAGAACUAUUGGUUACAUGUGUCUGCGGUCGCCGCUGCCACCGCCACCGUCGCCAUCGUAGGCAUUUAUUCCCAGAGACAUUUGCGGCACCUGGGACACCUUGCAUGGCAGCAGCUGCUCUCUUCUUCACAAGUUGUAAAAAAUACCAUGAUGAGUAUCAAAGCAUAG